UGCGAAACAUCUAUUUCGUCAGGUUGCCGUCAAAAAUAAGUGUUUUCUAAGUGAUUUUUUUUGCUAAACCUUGUGUUUGUUUAUUAUAUUCAUUUCGUUACACCAGACUUCAAUAUUCACCGAUCAAAAAUGAGACCGCAGAACGGUGAUGAUGGCUUUGAUGAGCCCGAGAUCCAUCGCAAAAUUUUCAUUGGUGGACUUAACUAUCGCACUACUGAUGAAUCUCUUAAAGCUCAUUUUGAGAAAUGGGGAGAAAUCGUAGAUGUGGUCGUUAUGAAGGACCCCAAAACCAAACGGUCGCGUGGGUUUGGUUUUAUCACCUACUCCAAGGCGCAUAUGGUUGAUGACGCACAGAACAACAGGCCCCAUCGCAUCGACGGACGAGUUGUCGAAACCAAGCGAGCUGUGGCCAGACAAGACAUUAAGAAUCCAGAGGCAGGUACUACAGUGAAGAAACUGUUUAUUGGUGGAAUUAAGGAUGAUCAUGAUGAGGAUCAGCUUAGAGAGUAUUUCUCUGCUUAUGGCACUGUUCAAAACGUCAGUGUUGUCACUGAUAAGGCAACUGGCAAGAAGCGUGGCUUUGGCUUUGUGGAGUUCGACGACUAUGACCCUGUUGACAAAGUUUGCCUGAAUGCCCCUCACAAAAUCAAUGGGAAGCAGUUGGAUGUGAAAAAAGCACUGCCUAAAGAUGGUGGUGAACAAAGGGGUGGUAGACAGGGAGGCCCUGGAGGCAGGAAUGAUAACUGGGGUGGGAAUACUGGUGGUUAUGGUAACACUCAGGGAGGAUGGAACAACUCAAACCCUUGGGAUAACAACCAAGGAGGCUGGGGUGGUAACCAGGGAGGUGGAUAUGGGGGUGGUAAUCAGAGAGGCGGAGGAGGGGGCUGGGGCAACCAAGAUUUUGGCAAUUACAACCAACAGGGUUAUAGUGGGGGCCCAACAAGGAACCAACAAUAUAGCAAUAAUCGUGCUACACCAUACAACAUGAAUCAGACCGGUGGUGGUGGUGGCGGCGGUGGCGGUUACGGCGGCGGCAAUGCUAACUACGGGGGUGGCCAGGGUGGCAGCCGAGGUGGAAGAUUCUAAUGUAAUGUUUCGUGCUAAGUACACUAGUAAAGCAGAGUUAACCGUGCUAGUGUAGGCAGUACGCUCCGGAGCACUAGAUACACAUCAUGGUCCACACGCGAGACCACCUAGGAGAAGCCGUCAGGAAACCAUAGUUUGUAGUUGGAGCUCUUGACUCUUUAGACAAUUAUGAAUGAAUAGAUUUACUUUGAAUUUGUACUGAUUGUAAGUUGGUCUUCUAUUUAUUGUAGUACUCUUAGGUACUUACUUACCGUGACAUAUUUUUUAAGGUCUUUAGGAUUUAAUGUAAAAUCAGAAUUAGCUACUUUUUUUUACGGAUAAUUAAGUACAAUUUAGGAUAAUCAUGUCAGAGAGAAACCCUGAAGAUAGAUGAUAGGCUGAAUGAACGGAAACAGAAUGGUAAUUGCAGAUAGACAACAAAGUAAACUUGAUACUGAUUUUAAUUUUCUGACUACUCAGUAUUAAAUUCUCAAAUAGCUGUUAUGAAUACAUAAUACUUAGGUGUAGAAUUAUUGACUUUAUAGAUUUAAAUAAAUGUA